UUUCCAUCAUAAUUCUCCCAUAAACAAACUACACAAAAUUAAAAAUGGAUAGCACAAGAAACAGCUGAGGAACAUGUAAAAGAUUUCCUCGGUAAUAACUAUAUCAAAUGCUGAACGUAAUAUGGCUCAUUUUCUAUCAAGCUACCUCAGCAUAUCAAGAACACUCCAUACAGCCCCUUCAUCUGGAUAUAAACUCGUUAAACAAGCUACGGGCAGUAAUUUGAUCAAUGGCAAAGGAUAUUUUGAGUACUUUGAGAGAGACAGAAAUUCCCUGGUGCAAUGCUGUAGUAGCUCAACUUCAUCAGCAGAGGAAGUGGGUUCGGUGGGGAAUGGAAGAGUAUCCGCCAUUAAUGGAAUGGCAGAUCAACUUGGGUAUUUGGUGAAUGAGUAUGGUUGGAAGGUAAGGAGGUUGGCUUUCAAGGGAGAAGAGAUGAGGAAAGCAGCUCAAGUUCAAGCUGAAGCUUUCCAUGAACCUGCGCCUUUCUUUGACGAUUUUUUCUUCCAGUUCUUUCAGGCUGAAGUGCUCUCUGCGCUUCUGUAUAAACUUAGAAACUCACCCCCCAACAGGUAUGCUUGUUUGGUUGCUGAGCCAAAUUCAGAGGAGGAUUCCAACUUAGAACAAGAAAUUGUGGGAGUUGUGGAUGUCACAGUGUUGAGAGACCAAAAUGUACUUGAGCUUCUUCCAUCAGAUGCAGAGGAAUACCUUUACGUGUCCGGUAUUGCAGUUUUGAACAAUUUCAGGAGGAAGAAAAUAGCAACCGUUUUGCUAAAAGCUUGUGAUGUGCUUUCAGCUCUAUGGGGUUUCGAAUAUCUAGUCCUCAGGGCUUAUGAAGAUGAUUUGGGUGCUCGUAAAUUGUACUCAAAUGCUGGAUACAGAGUGGUCUCUGGUGAUCCUCCAUGGAUGACUACUUGGAUUGGAAGAAAGCGUCGAGUUCUUAUGAUCAAACACUUCAAUCCACGUACAUAAUUUGGUUUCUUUAUGUCCUGUUUUGGGUAAUAAACAGAGUGAUGCUGUGGAGAGGAGAGGGAAUACUACGAAGUUAUUUGGGAACGACAAAUUUGAAGCUAUACACAAUUCUAUUUUGUGUCUAUGGCAGCAACUACAGUCAUUGAUCCAAUACAGGAAAUAACAUUCUUCUAUUAUACUUUUUGAGUUUAAUAUUUUCUCUUCGUUGAGAUUUUGUUUACAACUUGUUUUUGAUACUAAACUAAAUAAUGCAUAAUUCAGAAAGAAUUGUUUCUAACGGCA